UGUGGUUGCUUAGCAACCAGUACACAAAAUAUCGCUGCCAUGUGGUUAUCAGGGUUCGUACACUAAAAGAAGAAAUGUACAUGAAAAUGACCAAGUAAUAAAAUACAAAAGAUUAUUUUAUUCAUAUUGGAAUUUGAGAUAUGAUGGAGGUCUACACAACAAAUUACUUCAAAAAAGAUUACAAUCUCCAUUCACUCAAGCAAAAGAAAGGAUUCAAGAUGUCUACCACCCCUGUUUCAAUCCCUUCAAAGUUCCAAACUGUGUUUAUUCCCGAAUCAGAAAGGAAAGGUUUCAAUUCGAGAGCACUAAGAUUUUCCUACAGCCUUAAUCAGAAUGAAAACCCAGGCCCUGGAUACUACAAUGUUGGGCACAAAUCUGCAGAGCUUAAUAGUGUAUCCUUAUCUAAGAAAGGGACAGGAGGCUUUCCGUCUAAGGCAUCUCGGAGUUCUCGUUUUAAGUCCCAACACACUCCAGCUCCUAACAUGUACCAAAUACAAAGUGCAUUGUUUUCCAAGAAAGACUUCAGCAUGAGCAACUCUAGCAUGUUUCAGCAGCCUAUUGCUAAUAAAGUGGAAGAUACGAAAAAUAAGACCCCUGCUCCAAAUCAGUAUGAUGCAUCUAUCACUUUCUCUCACCCAAGUAACAAUGUGUCAGCACGUGCUGCUUUUGUCUCAAAAACAAAACGGGAAAUCACAAACUUAAAUCAUCUGAAAGGACCUUCUCCUUGUCACUAUAAUGUAAAUGAUUCGCUAACAAAAGAAGCUCCAAAGGUGUUAAUAUCAUCCUUUAAAUCUAAUACAUAUAGAGGCAUUUUAAAUGUUACACAAAAUCCAGGACCUGCGAGCUAUGAUCCAUAUAGAGUGCCGGAAGUAGGAAAAAAAAUAAUCUUCCCGAGGAAACAUUACUUAUGUAUCUCUGCCCCAGCUAUACCAGCUCUCAAAUCACCUCCUGUUCCUGGUCCUGGGCAGUAUGAGAUUGUGGACUAUGAAGGUCCUUCCAAGCAUUACAUCUCCAGUUCAGUAUUUGUAUCUAACACAAGUCGAUGGACUGGGGAUAUUUCAGGAGAGAGUUUUCCUGGUCCAGGUGCUUAUCAUCCUGAAAUUCCAGGAAAACAGUCUUUUCUCUACAACAGUGCCAGGAAAUGGAUUCCAUCAUAAGGUUACAAGAAAUCUGGUAUCACUUCGUCAUACGCAAACAUAAUCUUAACUCUGCUCUUGGACUUCCUUGUUGCGAAAAAUUAAUUAGUCAGAAAUUACUA